GACGCGGUACUAGGCGACGAGAAAAGCGACGCGGUGCGCGUCGAGAUAAAAUUUGCAUUUAUUGUCGCGUUGAUACGGGACGGUUUUGAUUGGUUUUUGCAUGUUUUGGUUUAGAAAAGGUUGUUUGUUGGUACAGCAUAUACGCAAUGGCUGAGCAAGUAAACAUAAUAACCUGCGUGUUCAACAGGCGUGCAUUAUGGAAUGCUUCUCAUCCAGAUCAUAGAAACCGUUAUGUAUUAGAUGAGCUUUGGUCACAAGUAGCUACAGAAUGUGGAAUAACAGUGAAGGUGGCCCAAACUAAAUGGAAAAAUUUAAGAGAUUAUUUCCGAAGAGAACUGAAAAAACUUCCCAUUCCACGGUCUGGUGAUCCAGGGGACAUUGCAAUUAAAUCCCACUGGCCCUAUUUUAAAAGUUUGUUAUUCUUAAAGGAUCAAUUUAGGCCUCGACAAGCAACGGGAAAUUUGGUAGAUUCUUUGGAUGAAUCGCUUGCUACGGACGUGCAAUCUGAUGUGAAUUCUGAUGACGAUAGAGUGGAGACGGAAACAAUAGACGAUGUACAAGAUCCCGUGAAUGUCGAGCCAUUGACACCUGCUUCUGUUGCUUCCGAAAACACUGAGGAUUCAUCUACAGGCACGUCAAGUCAUUUUGCUGAACCUCGAACAGUUUUAAAGGGCCGACUCCGUAAAAGAAAAAAUAAUGUUGACGCUUUAUUGGCCAUCGAGGAACAGAAAUUGGAGUUCAUUAGAACAAAGAGGGCAAACAUAAAUGAAACCAAAGAAGAUGAUCAUCUGUCAUUUUUUAAGAGUCUACUACCACACGUGAGAAAAAUUACGGAUAACAACAUUUUGCAUUUUAGAAAUGGCGUUCAAGAUCUGGUUCAGAGAUAUGCUUAUGGCUAUACUAAUCAAAUGAAUCAGAAUCAAGGAAUCGAACCUUUCGAUUAUCCGAUGAAUCAGAACGCCAACUCCUACUGAAUCUUUCGUUUUAUGUUUUUACCGAAAAGAAUAUUUCUACUUAGUUUAUUUUUGUUCAUU